GUACGGACAUUGCUGCAGGAGAAGAAGUUGCCAUCAAGCUUGAGUGUGUCAAAACCAAACACCCUCAGCUCCACAUCGAGAGCAAAAUCUACAAGAUGAUGCAGGGAGGAGUGGGCAUCCCCACCAUCCGGUGGUGCGGGGCGGAGGGGGACUACAACGUCAUGGUGAUGGAGCUGCUGGGGCCCAGCCUAGAGGACCUCUUCAACUUUUGCUCCAGGAAAUUCAGCCUCAAAACUGUCCUGCUCCUUGCUGACCAAAUGAUUAGUCGUAUUGAGUACAUUCACUCGAAGAACUUCAUCCACCGGGACGUGAAGCCGGACAACUUCCUCAUGGGGCUGGGUAAGAAGGGCAACCUGGUGUACAUCAUCGACUUUGGACUGGCCAAGAAGUACCGGGACGCCCGCACCCACCAGCACAUCCCCUACCGCGAGAACAAGAACCUCACCGGGACGGCACGCUACGCCUCCAUCAACACGCACCUCGGCAUCGAGCAAUCUCGGAGGGACGACCUGGAGUCGCUGGGCUAUGUGCUCAUGUACUUCAACCUGGGCUCGCUGCCCUGGCAGGGACUGAAGGCGGCCACCAAGCGGCAGAAGUACGAGAGGAUCAGCGAGAAGAAGAUGUCCACGCCCAUCGAGGUGCUGUGCAAAGGCUACCCCUCCGAGUUUGCCACGUACCUGAACUUCUGCCGCUCCCUGCGCUUCGACGACAAGCCCGACUACUCCUACCUGCGCCAGCUCUUCCGCAACCUCUUCCACCGGCAGGGCUUCUCCUACGACUACGUGUUCGACUGGAACAUGCUCAAGUUCGGAGCCAGCCGGGCAGCUGACGAUGCCGAGCGGGAACGCCGGGACCGAGAGGAGCGCUUGAGACACUCCCGAAAUCCAGCCACCCGCGGCCUCCCCUCCACGGCCUCUGGCCGGCUGAGGGGGACACAGGAAGUGGCUCCUCCCACACCCCUCACCCCUACCUCACACACUGCAAACACCUCUCCUCGGCCCGUGUCCGGCAUGGAAAGAGAGCGGAAAGUGAGUAUGCGGCUGCACCGCGGCGCCCCGGUCAACAUCUCCUCGUCCGACCUCACAGGCCGGCAAGAUACCUCCCGCAUGUCCACCUCACAGAAUAGCAUUCCUUUCGAGCACCACGGCAAGUAGCUGCACGUCUCCCGUCGGAAGGCAGCGCUGGAUUCCCGGUCGGGUGGCUUCCAGUGGUCUUCAGUCUGUCGUGCACCGAUGAGAACUCUCCUUUUGCGGUGAGGGCAGACGAUGCAUGGCUGAUCUCCUCUGUUACUAGUGACACGCCCCCCCGGUCUAGAACCGGAACGUUACCACCAGGAGCUCCAGGCCACCCACCCGGCAACUCCCAUGGGGAACCAAACACACACCCAACCGGACAGAAUCCAAGCGCUGCCAUCGCCGGGGGCUGUACCAGGCCCCCGGGAACACGGUGAUAGCGGGGCUGGGACGAGAAGCCGAGUGAGGCGGCUGCGGAGAGUCAGACUCCCGCCCAGGAGUCUUUCAGUCCCUCCGGUGCAGCCGGGCCCUGCCGAGUCUACUGUACCCACCGACCUUCUACUUGGUUAAGACAGUUUUGUAUCAUUUUGCUAAAAAUUAUUGGCUUAAAUCUGUGUAAAGAAAUCUGUCUUUUUAUUGUUUCUUUCAUGUCUGUUUUUGCGGUCUUAAAAAAGAUGCUGACUUUAAAGAAUUGUGAAGCCGACGCUGGCGUGGAGUUUGCGUAGAGAGUGAGGCAGGGAGCAGAGCACGUGGGCUCCGGGGUCCGCGUCUCGUGGUGGUGUGUUGUGUGGUCCGCCGCGGAGAGGGGUUUUCUCGUCAGAAACUGUCACGUGUGCACACGUGUGUAAGUGACGUGUAUGUCUGUGCGUGUCGUGUGCUGUUUCGUGACCUCACUCACUUGGUCUUGGCCAUCACUCCCCCUUCCCCACCGGGAACUGAGACGCCUGCUCGCCGCGGAAGCGCCGAGAUCCUCGUGGUCGGUCAUGAGAGCGGCCAGACAGCGCGGCUGCCCCGAGUGCAGCGGGUGCUUCCAGACAGCGCUGCCCGCGGGCUGAUCUUCCCGGACGCAGCUAGGAGCCCUGAAGACUGCGCUGUGUCGCCAACCCUCGGGAGCGGAUGCGGACUGAGAGACGCUGGCCCCUCCUCGGGCUGUGUGUGGUGGUUUUGGCCACGGCUGCCUCAAUGCCUUUGAACCUGGAAAGUCUUCUGAACAGACAGUGUUGCCGGUGCAGGCUGGCCCUUCAUCUGUGCUAACAUCUGUGUGCUCAAAACCAGGGGCCGGGGCGUCUGCUGGAUGCUGGCGUUGCCCAGAGUGGCUGGCUGGCCCAAGGGAAUCCUCUCUGAAGUGCCAAGAAGCAGGUGACCCUGACGACCUGAUUGUCCGGGAGGGUGAGGGGGUCACACACUUCUGUGACCUGCGCUGGGACGAGGUGAACCCCAUGGAGGUCAAGAAGGGGGCAGGGCUGAGUCUUCCCAGAGGGACCCUCUGAGCAGCUCUCCUGAGGCGCCCCUGGUCUUGCAGAGGUGGUGGCAGCCGGUAGCCAGGAGAUGAGGUGCAGCCUGUGUGUCCUGAGGCCCCUUCCUGCUGCUUCCUGUCACCCUGCUGCAGCGUGUGCUACUUGGCACCGGGGCACUCGUGGGAAGCUAGGGACCUGCAAGGUGCCCCGUCUGCGUUUUCCCUUCCUGCCCCCGAAGUCACAGCCCCGGGAUGCUGGCGGGCCCUGACUGCUGUGUUGACAUGUAGAAUGCAGCUGUUUGCUUCUCUCCGAGUCCUGGGCUGGCUGUGCUGCAAGUGACCAGGCGUAGCGGUUGGCCAGGUGGGGCUGUGUUUCUGGGCAUGUAGGCGGAACUUGGGUGAGUCAGAGCAAGCUGGGGGCUUUCACACUGCGGCCCAGUGCCUUCUGCAGAGGGGACCUUCCCUCCCGGGGAGGUGUCAGCAUGCAGGUUGCUGCCUGAAAGUGCCAGGUGGCGUUUGAGGUGUGGGCUCCGACCCUGAGCCCUCAGCAGUGCGGUUGUGGACAGCUGGUGCCCCCAAGCCCCAUGUUUGACUCCCCACCUGACCUGCAGGAAGCAGAGUGAGAACGUCUGUGUCAGCCUGUGUGUCCGUGGCCAGUCUUGGGCCUGCGCGUUUGUGCGCCCACUGUACUUGUGUACCUAACCACCGUGUAAAUAAUAAAUUCAUGACGGUUUCUGCCUUUCUUC